GCGCCCUUCCACCGCCAUCUUGGCUCAAGCGGCCCGUCUAGCUCAGCGGAAACAUCCGGGGAAUCGCGCGCACUUCGGCGGCCAUUGCGGCUCGGCGUGCGGCAGCUUCAUAACCUUGAGAAGGCGGAGCGUCGGAGCGCUGGACUGGAGUAGCAGCGGAGCAGGAGGAGAGGCGCCGAGGCAACGGAAAGCUGCAGAAAACCGUUACACGGCAGCGCUGCUUUACCUCACCGCUCUAACGGGAGAUCAGGGCGUGUACCGGCGCGUCUAACGGACAAUGAUGAGCGCGGUCGGAUGGGAACAGGAGCGGUGGCGGCGUUGAACGCGUUUUUUUCUUUUUCUUUUUAUGUUUGAGGCGGAUCGGCGGGACCAGCGCAUUUUUUUCUCGGUUGCUCGCGUUACGUUGACAUUUAUUAUUUGAAGCGGCAGAUUCCCGGAGCGUUUCGACCUGCAUUUCGGAGCGUUGAUUUUCCCUGACAUCAUCAUCAUCCUCAUCAUCACCGUCGCUCGGUGUGAACGGACAUCUUCGGUGGUCGUCGACGGGAAUCCGGGGGAUUUACAGGAUCCCGGUGUCACCGCACGAAUUCUGACGUUCGCGGCGCUUUUCUGAGGGAAAGCGGAUCUUUUCCCGCGGUUCUGUCGGCGGGAGUAACGGUAACGUGAUGGCUGACGACGACGUGCUGUUCGAGGAUGUGUACGAGCUCUGCGAGGUGAUCGGGAAGGGUCCGUUCAGUGUGGUGCGAAGAUGCAUCAACAGAGACACUGGACAGCAGUUCGCUGUGAAGAUUGUAGAUGUGGCCAGCUUCACCUCCAGCCCUGGACUCAGUACAGAGGAUCUGAAGCGGGAGGCGAGUAUCUGUCACAUGCUCAAACAUCCUCACAUCGUGGAGCUGCUGGAGACCUACAGCUCAGACGGGAUGCUCUACAUGGUCUUUGAGUUUAUGGAUGGAGCCGAUCUGUGCUUCGAGAUCGUGAAGAGGGCUGAUGCUGGCUUUGUCUACAGCGAGGCGGUGGCCAGUCACUACAUGCGGCAGAUACUCGAAGCCCUGCGCUACUGCCACGAUAACAACGUCAUCCACCGAGACGUCAAGCCUCACUGUGUCCUGCUGGCCUCGAAGGAGAACUCUGCUCCGGUCAAACUGGGCGGCUUCGGUGUGGCCAUUCAGCUGGGCGAGUCAGGGCUUGUGGCUGGAGGUCGGGUAGGGACCCCUCAUUUCAUGGCUCCUGAGGUGGUCAAGCGAGAGCCGUACGGGAAGCCGGUGGACGUUUGGGGUUGUGGGGUCAUUCUCUUCAUCCUGUUGAGCGGCUGUUUGCCUUUCUACGGCACCAAGGAGCGUCUGUUUGAAGCCAUCGUGAAAGGAAAGUACAAGAUGAACCCUCGUCAGUGGAGUCAGAUCUCUGAGAGCGCUAAAGACCUGGUGCGACGCAUGCUAAUGCUGGACCCGGCCGAGAGAAUCACCGUCUACGAGUCGCUCAAUCAUCCCUGGCUCAAGGAGAGAGAUCGCUACUCGUACAAGAUCCACCUGCCCGAGACGGUGGAGCAGCUGAGGAAGUUCAACGCUCGGAGGAAACUGAAGGGCGCCGUCCUCGCUGCCGUCUCCAGUCACAAGUUCAACUCGUUCUACGGAGACCCUCCUGAAGACCUCCACGACUUCUCAGAGGACCCCACGUCUUCAGGGGCCGUGUCUCAGGUCCUGGACAGUCUGGAGGAGAUCCACGCACUGACUGACUGCAGUGAGAAAGAUCUGGACUUCCUGCACAGCGUCUUCCAGGACCAACAUCUGCACACUCUGUUGGAUCUGUACGAUAAGAUUAACACCCGCUCGUCACCCCAGAUCAGGAAUCCAGCCAGCGACGCCGUCCAGAGAGCCAAAGAGGUGUUGGAGAUGCUCUCCUGUUAUCCUGAGAACAUGGAGGCGAAAGAGCUGAAGAGGAUCCUGACUCAGCCACAUUUCAUGGCACUGCUGCAGACUCAUGAUGUUGUGGCUCAUGAGGUUUACAGCGACGAGGCGCUGCGAGUGACACCUCCACCCACGUCCCCGUACCUGAACGGAGACUCGCCCGAGAGCAUCAACGGAGACCUGGACCUGGAGAACGUCACGCGUGUGCGCCUGGUGCAGUUCCAGAAGAACACGGACGAGCCCAUGGGCAUCACUCUGAAGAUGAACGACCUGAACCACUGCAUCGUGGCUAGAAUCCUGCACGGCGGGAUGAUCCACAGACAGGGGACGCUGCACAUCGGAGACGAGAUUCGUGAAAUCAACGGCAUCAGUGUCGCCAAUCAGACGGUGGAGCAGCUCCAGAAGAUGCUGCGGGAGAUGAGAGGCAGCAUCACCUUCAAGAUCGUGCCCAGUUACCGCAGUCAGUCUCUGUCCUGUGAUAAAGAUUCCCCUGAUCUGCCCAGACAGUCUCCAGCGAACGGCCACUCCAGCGUCACCAGCUCCAUCUUAGAUCUGCCAUCAACUAUCCAGCCCAAAGGAAGACAGAUCUCCAGACCAGCAUUCAAGGAUAAAAUGUCUCGGAAGAUUUACGUUCGUGCACAGUUCGAGUACGAUCCGGCUAAAGACGACCUGAUUCCCUGUAAAGAGGCGGGCAUUCGUUUCCGUGUGGGUGACAUCAUCCAGAUCAUCAGUAAGGACGAUCACAACUGGUGGCAGGGCAAGCUGGAGAACACCAAGAACGGCACGGCCGGCCUCAUUCCCUCACCAGAGCUGCAGGAGUGGCGUGUGGCGUGUAUAGCGAUGGAGAAGACCAAGCAGGAGCAGCAGGCCAGCUGUACAUGGUUCGGCAAGAAGAAGAAACAGUACAAAGACAAAUACUUAGCCAAACACAACGCAGUCUUUGACCAACUAGAUCUGGUGACGUAUGAAGAGGUGGUGAAGCUGCCGGGGUUCAAGAGGAAAACCCUGGUGCUGCUGGGAGCUCACGGCGUCGGCCGGAGACACAUCAAGAACACUCUCAUCACAAAACAUCCCGACAGAUUCGCGUACCCCAUCCCACGUAAGAGCCGCGCCGUCACGCCUGAUGCAGCUCGCCCUGAGCCGCCCGUCACUGACCACUCGCUCUCUCCGACAGACACCACCAGACCGCCGAAGAAGGACGAGGAGAACGGCAAGAACUACUUCUUCGUGUCACAUGACCAGAUGAUGCAGGACAUCUCUAACAAUGAUUACCUGGAGUACGGCAGCCACGAGGACGCUAUGUACGGCACGCGCCUCGAGACCAUCCGGCAGAUCCACGAGCAAGGCAUGGUGGCCGUCCUGGACGUGGAGCCGCAGGCGCUGAAGGUUCUGCGGACGGCUGAGUUUGCUCCGUAUGUCAUCUUCAUCGCAGCACCGAUCAUCACUCCUGCGAUGAACGAGGACGAGUCUCUCCAGCGGCUGCAGAAGGAGUCAGACGUGCUGCAGCACUCUUACGCUCAUUACUUCGACCAGACGAUCAUCAAUAACGAGAUCGACGACACCAUCCGCCUGCUGGAGGAGGCCCUCGACCUGGUGUCCAGCACUGCGCAGUGGGUGCCGGUGUCCUGGGUGUACUAGCAUCACACACACACACACACACACUGACGGACUCCACAUCCCGGCCACCACCAGUGUGUAGCCUUGUAUAUAUCUAUACAUAUAUAAAUAUCUAUAAAUAUGAAUAUAUAAGUCAUAGAUAUGGUCCUGUACGAAUAACAAAGGGGUUGAUGACAUUUUAUACGGUUUUCUUUUUAAACGUAUGAGACGUCGUCUCAGAGCAAUGAUGAGCACAGUCAGCGGUGGGGGAGGAGCCAACACCCCUCCAGCCCCACACUGAGGGCGUGGCUACGUGACUCCGCCCACUGGCCUGCGGUAUAUAAGCACAGCUGACCCUCUGUCUCUCACACACGAGCACUGAUUGCACGACGGACGUUGCAUCCACCCCUGUUUACAGAUGUAGGUUUGCACAAGGGCAGCGGAGCCCAGCGCUCUUCCUCGGCUGCUCCUCCUCUUCCUCUAGAUGUGUCUGUCCAGAUCCUCUGACCGGACGCUUCCCUCAUGCCUCGUGUAGUGACGUGUUUGUAAACUGUCCUGGAUUUGAUUUCUUGUGCAGAACGAGGAGGGAAAUAUCCAUUCCUAGAUCGAUCAUUUCAGAAAUGUGCUGUCUUAAGAGUAUUAUUGUUUUACUCCGAGAAAACCGAGAGGAUUUAAUUGUGUGUAAAUGUUUCAAUGGUGUGUACAUUUGCGGUUGAAAUGAAGUAGUGUGUGCAUAAACAACUGAACAGACUGUGUGAACUCUUCAUUUCAUAUGGCCCUGUGUAAAUUCCUCUGCAAAUGAUGAAACUGCUCUUCUGUUUGUUUGUUAGUUUUUUUUUAAAUCUAUUUCCUUUCAUGUGUUGAAAAAGUAAAUUGCUUUUGAAAUCAGA